AUCACUCUUCUUCCACGUCUUCAUCAUCUUUCGAACCAAAAAUAAAAAUCCUCCUCAUCCUCUCUCUCUCUGUAGCUUUCAUGGUGGUUCUGGUUCUGGUUCUGGUUCUGGUUCUGGUUCUGGUUCACCCUUCCUUGUAAUUCCAACCUCACCUUCUGCAACAUGAAGCUAUCUCUCAAGUUUCACGGCGAUGGCACUGAAGAAGAUCAACAACACAGCACCCAAAUCAUGACAGCAAAAGUACCCAUCACUGUACUCAACAACCCCUUCAUCUCCGCCGUCAAAGCAACCACCACCACCGCCAACUCUGAAUCCUCCGAGUUUUCCUUCUCACUCUCCACCAACUUCCCAACCGGUCCAUCCUUCAAGCUCGCUUACUCCCCCACCGCCUCCUCUCUCCCCCCCUUCUCUCUCUCCCUCAAAUCCGGUCUCGGUACUUCCGGUUCCCCUCGCCACUCCCCUCUCACCUUCUCCGCCAACCUCUCUCUUUCCCUCUCUCCGACCACCAACACCUUCACCCCUGUCCCGUCUUUCUUCCUUCACUUCAAACCCCAGUUCGGCCACUUCUCUCUCAACAAAACCGUCUUCUCUGAACCUAAAUCCGACCCUAGCACCGACCCUGUUUCUCUCCCCACCGCGCCACAACCUGAUCAUCGUGAAUCUCAAAUUGGAAGAAAGGGGUUUGUGGUGGAUGGAUCAUCUGGUUGGCAGGAACUGAAAUUGGAGCCUUAUGAUGUUGUCUCUGAAAGGGGAUUGACUGAGAAGAACGGUGCCAAACACGGGCUUUCGCCUGGCGUUGCGGUUAUGGCGAGGACGGUGGUGCCAUUGACACAAGGGCUGUCAUUGAAUUUUCGAUGGGGUGUGAAUUUUCCGAGGAAUUUGGUGUUGAAAUUGCCUUAUUUGACUGUGAGCAAGAUAGGGUUAGAGAGGGUUGUUGAGGAAGUGAAGCAGAGUAAGCAGAGCCAGGACAGUUCUGAUGGAGAUAAGCAGCUGUUGAAGGGUGUUUGCUUUUGGAUGAAAAGGGAUUUGGAGAAUGUUGAGAAGGAAAAUAAGGAGAUGAAACGAGUUUUGGAGGAGAUGAAAGUGGGGGUUUCCACGAGUUACCGUGAAGCAAGCAUUAAUGGAAACGUCGAGAAGAGGCUUUCGCCGCAAUUGGGUGAAGUCUCUAGUGAGUUUCAGCGUUGGAGAAGCAGCAAGAGUGAUAGACAGGAGAAUGAGAAGAAGCAACAAGAUAAGUCUCAAAGCGUAGCGAGUGAUUUGGAAGCGGAAUUGCAGAAAGCCAUCAAGGCUGCUUCCUCAUAGCAAGGUCUUAAGGUCAUCACUACCACUUUUUAAUGCUUUCUAAGUUUGUCUGCCUUGUCUUGCAAUGUGUAUAAAAUCUCAGUUUUUGUUUAUUUUUUGUUGUAAUCUACAAUUGAUAAAUGAUACUUCUAUAUGGUACAUGAGGGAUAUUAUGAGUAGCUAGACCAUUUGGUUAAGUGUAAUACUGUAAUCAGAACUGAGCCAGGAAGCUGCAUUUUGAUGGAUGUUAUACUGUCUAUGACUAGUUGAUAAUAUGAUACAGUACAGAUUGGUGAGA